AUGUCCAUACUCCCCCGCGAAGGCCUAUACAUCGACCCUAUCGUAUCUCUGAUCCGGAAAACCAUCCUAAAUCCCACAAUCGCUCUACUAUUUGUGGGGUACCUCAAGCUGAUAGAUACUCCACGUCUUGCCGCUUAUGAGAGGCCUGCCUUUUGCGCAGCAGCGCUCAGUGUCGCCCUGUGGCUCAACGACUUCCUCACUAGAGGCAGCAGAAACAACUGGGUGACCGAUCGGACCUGGGAUUGGUCGAAGGAACUCGUCGUAGUGACUGGUGGCAGUAGUGGGAUUGGAGGUAGUAUCGUACAGCGAUUAGCCUCGGAUGGAGUGCAGAUUGUGGUGAUCGAUGUUAUCCCACCGACGUAUAGUACUGAAAACAAGCACAUAGCGUACCACUAUUGUGACCUGAGCGAUGAGUCCGAGAUCCGCGAGGUUUGCUCGCGUAUCCGGGAGAAUAUUGGUCAUCCUACUGUCCUCGUGAACAAUGCCGGACUCUCACGCGGCCAGAUGGUAGCUGAAGGCACGUACCACGACAACAGUAUUACUCUACGGACAAAUCUUCUUGCUCCCCUUCUCCUGAGCAAGGAGUUCCUCCCACACAUGAUUGAACGGAAUCAUGGACACAUCGUUAAUAUCUCCUCUCUGAGUGCCUACAUCCCUCCGGCUGGACUAGCAGACUAUGCUGCCUCCAAAGCCGGACUGGUGGCAUUCCAUGAGUCUCUCGGUCUGGAGCUCAAAUAUCACCACGGCAGCACAAAGGUCCGCACCUCAUUGGCCGUAUUAAGCUUUAUCAAGACACCACUGUUCAAAGGAGAGUUGAACCAGCCCCACUUCUUCUUUCCGUUGAUGCAUGUUGAUACGGUUGGAGAUGCUGUCGUAGAUACUUUGUACAGCGGGUAUGGAAGAACCAUGUUCCUACCGGGAGUAUUUCGCUAUUUUGCCGGCCUGCGAGGUGCUCCAGAGUGGAUACAGAAUAUCGUGCUAGGUAGCUCGCAGUCUCUGAAGGUUGAUUUCAAGGGAAGGCAGAUGAUUGAUCCGGUGACUGGGAAGCUCAGAGAAUUGUAG